AUGUGUAAUACAAUCUUACAGGUGAUUGAACGUUUGCUGGGUUAUCGCAUGAACGCGAAUCUCGUGAAGAAGAACGGCAUGGGCCCCCUUCACAUCGCAGCCACCAACGGAUCUACUGCUGUAGCUUUAUAUUUGAUUCAGAACGGGGCCGACAUUGACAUGAAGGACGAUGAAGGCAUGACACCUCUUCAUAGAGCCACCUUAUACAACCAAGUCGAGACCAUCGCCUUGCUAAUUCAUGAAGGGUGUUUGAUCAACGAGAUCGACAACAGUGGUUUUACGCCCCUUCUCUGCGCUGCUUGGAAGGGCCAUACUCCGGCCGGUGAGCUGUUACUAACCCGAGGAGCUGACAUGUUUGUCUCCGACAUACACCACAAGUCUCCGUUACACUGGGCAGCAGAGAUGGACCAUCUGAGUUUCGUAGAGUUCCUGCUGAAAAACGGCGGCUACAGUUUGUUAGAAAUUCGAGAUAUUUAUGAGCAGACGGUUUUGCAUUACGCGGCAGAGGCAGGAAAUGUUGAGAUGAUCAAAAAGAUGAUCCAAUACGAGGUCAAAGGUGAAGUGAAGGAUGUGUCAGAGAAGACCCCAGUCCAUGUCGCAGCUCAAGCUGGUUAUGUAACAUGUGUCGAGGAGCUUCUCCGCCAGACCCCAUUGCUCCUGAAUGAUGAAGACCAGGAUGGGAUGACACCGUUACUCACAGCCUGUUACCAUGGCCACCGUGAUCUCGUCAAGACUCUCCUCAAGAUCGGAGCAGACAUCACGAGUGUCAAUGACUUCCACCGGUCGGCGUUGAUGCUGGCAGCAAUGAAUAACCACGUGGAAACAAUGAGCAUCCUCAUUGAAAACAACUGCGAUAUCCACGCCUUAGACAAGAAUAAGAACUCGGCCCUUCAUCUGUGCAUUGAUGCGGGGCACAUCGGACCAGCCAACCUGUUGAUCCGUGCCGGAGCCGACCAGUCUGCCUCAAACAACGAAGGGUUCACUCCUCUAGAGCUAGCCAUUGACGGUGACCACGGCGAGAUAGCCGCAGCUAUCAUCAAGAGCAAAGACUGGAGAAUUGCCAUGCAGAGUAAGGAUGACUUUAUGAUCUCGCCCAUGAAGGCCCUCAUCGAAAAGCUCCCCGACGUCGCCCUCCUCGUCAUGGACCGAUGCGUUCACAAGACAUACACAGAUCAACAUACUACAUCCUAUGACGUGAAGUAUGAAUAUCAAUACAUUGACCCCGGGCCAGACGAUGAAUCGACAAGAGCGAACGGAUAUCGAUACUUCGCCGUCAGGACAAUGUGUCAGUACGGACGCGAAAGACUUCUAGCCCAUGAAUUGUCACAAAGCGCCCUGAAAAGAAAAUGGAAUCGCUUCGCGCGGGUCUUUUUCUACAUCGAUCUGUUGUUCUACGUGGCCUUUUUGGCAAGCAUUACUGCAUACAUCAGCGUAGCCGUUGUGCCGCCCCAGCGGCUUAUUGGAACGACGUCGACGCUAAACUAA